AUGGACCUAGUGAUGGAAUGCAAAAGGAAGAUAAUCCCAAUGCAGGAGCCUGUGAUAACCAAGGAAAAAGUCAUAGCUUGUCUAAGUAAGCUCAAAGCUAAAAAAGCUGCAGGCCCAGAUGGAAUCAAACCAGAGCUUUACAAAGCUUUAAUGAAGAGCAAAACCUGUACAUGGCAGGACUUGUCUGCCUUUCCAGAAAUUGGCAAAAAUUUGCCUGAAAAUGACCGUAGAUUUAUCAUGUAUGAUGUGAAAAGUGAAGUGCACAAAGGCCAUCUACAUCUAAAGACAGAUCUAUAUGAGAAUUUACUGAGACUGGAAAGUGCUCAUGCAGCAAUAGUUCACAACGUGGAAAAAAUACCCGGAGAAGCAGCUAUGACUUUUCAUGCAUUCUGUGAUAAUGAAAAUGCUCCAUUUAAACAGGCUGUGAUCAUCUUGGUGAUACAUAUUCCUGGAAAGUAUGAAAACUUAUCAUGGGAACGGUUGGAAAAUACAAUUGAUGAUUACUUGAUGGGAAUAUGGGGAGAGCAGCUGCAAGAAAAAGAUGUGUCGGCUAUUGUGUCCCGGGUAGCCAAUGCUCCGGUGCUAAUCAAACCUGAGUCCGCCGAAAGACUAAAUUAUGCUUGUGAAAGCUUAUGAAGUGUUUUCAUGUCUUUUUUUAUUGUGUAUAAGAUAAAGGAAGAGUAUA